AACCACAAAAUUCCGUUGAACGGAUAAGGCGAGCGUGGUGGAAAAGUUAGGCGAACUGAAAAUUUAAGUAAAUUAUUUAAACACUCGUUAUAAUCGAUGGGAAAGCGUCCCAUUCGCUAGGAGUUUUCGUUCACGCGGUUCUAGUUACAACAGCCUUAUGGCUUUAAGGUGCCGGGCUUUAUUAUCGAUCAAAGGGUGAUAGAAGCUGACUUCGUUCUGCUCAAUUUUGUUUAUUGCCUCAUUGUUCUAGUCGUUGUAAAAUUGAUAUUUACAUGACAAUUUUACGAAAUUCGCGCCCGUUUCCUUGUGAGAAAGUAAAGUUUUCCCGGCGAGUACCAAGUUGAUGUUAUUGCGAAAGACUGACAAGUUUUAAUUGCGAAAAUGGUGUUAACGAAGGAAUAUCGUAUAUCCAUGCCGCUCACAACGACAGAGUAUCGCAUUGGACAGCUCUACAUGAUUGCAAGGCAUAGUCAUGAACAAUCUGCGAAUGAUGAGGGAGUUGAGGUGAUUCAGAAUGUGGAAUGUGAUGAUGCCGAGCAUGGGAAGGGCCAGUAUACAGAAAAGAAGAUCCAUUUGUCUAGCAAGUUACCAUAUUGGAUUCAAUCAGUUAUACCGAAGGUAUUCUAUGUAACAGAAAAGGCCUGGAAUUAUUAUCCCUAUACUAUUACAGAAUACACCUGUUCUUUCAUGCCAAAGUUCCAAAUAUCAAUAAGAACUCGAUACGAGGAUAACAAUGGGUCUACAGAGAAUUGCUUAGGUCUCUCCCCCAUUGAUUUGAUACACCGUGAGGUUGACUUUGUAGACAUUGCAUACGAUGAAAUCUCUGCGAAGCACUACAAAGAGGAAGAGGAUCCAAAAUUCUUUCAAUCCAAACGAACCGGUCGGGGACCGUUGGUAGAAGGUUGGAGGGAAACAAUACAGCCUAUAAUGUGCUCCUACAAAGUAGUUAACGCCUCGUUCGAAGUAUGGGGCAUGCAGACUCGCGUGGAAGACUUAAUUCAUAGAUGUAUAAGGGAUAUUUUGUUGUUGGGCCAUCGGCAAGCAUUCGCUUGGAUCGACGAGUGGUACGACAUGACCUUGGAUGACGUCCGAGAGUACGAGCAGAGGAUGCAGGCCGAGACCAACGAGAAAGUGCGACUCAGGAACCUGAACAACGAGAGAACUCCUAGCACGCCCUCGACACCGAGCACGUCAGUGCCAUCGUCGCCAGUACCGAAAACCCCCACACAAUCUAAUCGAUCAUGGUUCUCUUGGUCAUAGCCGGAGUUCUACGUCGUACGACUUAGGAAUACGUUAGCCUACCUAGGGAUUGAAAUUAAUGAUGUGCAAAUAAACAUUGGCAGCCUUUAUUACGCGUGUAUGUAUGUAUGUAUCAUAGCCGGUUGCCAGUUACUGAAAUUCGAUCUUCUGUAAUCCGAGAGUCUCGGUCUCAUGUUUUCAAAACGUGAAAAGAACUUCGGUGCAUUUUUCUCAUAUUGCGAGCUAUUUAUUUAUUCAAACAGAGGAGGAUCACUUGUCUGUACGAUGUUAAAUAUUUUUAUAGUUUUUAAUAGUCACCCGUCAGAGGGUACACUAGAUUUUCUACGGCGCUGUAUCUACUUCAAGUUUCUGGCACACUGUAACCGCACGCAUUGACGUACGUCACGUACUGAUCAUGUAUCUAUCGAACAAUCGUAAGUGUAAUAUAAUUGCGUCUUGUUAAUAUGUUCACUGGCUUAAGGACUAUUUGUAAAAAGUGUUUAGCAUUUAACGGAUAAACUGUGAAAUAAUUGUGGCAGUACAAUAAUCAUACGGUUCGACCCAUUAAAGGCACUAAUGGAACGCGUUCUCUAUUUUUUUUCGGCGACGAAUUGUUAAUAUGCUUUCUCGAACCGAAACGCCGGACUGUAUAUACAUAUACAGUGUCAGGGAACGACAAUAUUUGUUUCGGCACAGGUGUCUCUCUUGUGUUAAACGCAUCUCAAUUUCUAUUCACUCUCGUCGGAAUGCCUCGCGGGACCAAAUACGUUCACGGAAAGCACAGGAACUCGCACACUCUCGUAACUUUUAAGUAUCCUAUCAGGUAGUCGCGUUUGGUACACGCUCUCUUGCCAUGGUAACACCCUCUCAUCGGAGCGUUACAGCGAUUCACAUGGCACGAGGUGCACGCUUUACGUUUCCGUUCCUCUUCAGAGAACACUCACCCGAUUCAAUUGCCCUGAUCAUGUAUUUAUAUGUACUUGAAUAAACGUUUCAAGCCGUUCUCGUA